AUGAGCGGCAGUCGAUCUAGAAAAGAUCCAAGAAAUCGUGGAUUAAUAGCAGAUUUGAUUAACUUAGAUGCAAAGAAUGAAAAUUGUCCUCUGAAGCCAGAUGUAGCAGUAAAGAAGAAUGGAGGUCUCUUUCUAUCUCUUCAUGGAGUAAAAGUGGAAAUUCCACCUGGUGCAUCAACUGGACGCCGUGAACGAGUUGUUUGUGCUGCGUUUCCAAGCACAGCUAGAGCAGCUGUAGCACCAUGGUUAGGUCCAUAUAUGCGUAUGGCAAGUGAAAUGCAUAUGUUAUACUCACCUGUCAGCUUCAAAAUGCCCGUCGCUGUAUUCAUUCCCUUUACGUUUGCUGCUGCUCGUGAAAUGUCUUGCCCAAACGAAUCCAUACCGGCACCAGUGGAACGUAUGAAACGAUCUGAAUCUAAGGAUUCAUUAGCACUAGAUGGUAGCCGAUCGGCUAAAACUUCACCAAGACCAAAAGGCAAAGCACCUUAUACAAUGCAUUUUGGAGAUCAUCGUCCUAAAGUUCCGAACUUAAUUGAUGCUAGAAGUGUUUCACUGCUACAAUGUCGAAUCGGUAGUGAUAACUGGAAAGUAGUAGACAAAUUCACGAUUGUUCAACCGUCAGUUCAACAUACAAAAUGGCCUUCAGAAGCACGUAAAUUAUUGUCUCAAUCAAGUAGAUGGUCAGAAAAUACUACCCUCACAUCUGCUCCUUCUCCACCGUUAAAAGAAUCCAAUCAACCUAUUGGAAAGAAAGGCAAUACAAGUGGAAAAAAUAAACGAUCACAAAGUCAAUCACUAAAAGAUAAUGAACCGUAUGAUUUUAUGAAUAAAAUUGAAAAUUAUUGUGGUGGUGUUUUUAUACAUACAGAAGAAUUAAAUCAUUGUUAUGUACUAGUUAAUGCAAAUAAAGCUGAAGGAUUUUGGAUUAAUCGUGAUGGAGGCUUAUUUCUAUCCCCAUCACUUAAUCCAUUUCUGUCUGUACGUAUCCCAAAACGUGUUUGUCCCACCCAGGAAAGAGCUAUUUUCAAAACAAUUGAAAUACGAAGUAACUGCCUAAAUUUAGCUUAUCAGUUCGAUAGUCUAUUAAAUGAAAUUGAAGGUUGUUCAGAUAUAUAUGAUUUACAAUUACAAGAUGUUAUACUGAAACGGCCAGCAACUAUACGCUUACCUUUACCUCAGUGGUAUAUCGAUAGACGUAAUAAGCCUACAGAAAGUUUAGAGCAGGCCAGUAUAAAUGAUGCUAAUAUGGUGUCAAAUGCUCCUGUUCAGUAUCCAACAGCAUCAGAAAUGACGGUGCCUAUCCAAGAUAAAGGAUUAGUUAUCCUAUUUCAGCAAUCCGGACAUUCAAAACAAAUUGUUUGGCAGACAGCUAAUGUUGAAGAGUUAAAAGAAGAAAUGACUCGACGUAAAUCACGUCUUCGUGUUAGUCGUAAAGAUAAUGUAAAUUCACCAAGAUGUCGAAUAGACAAUAUAUUUAUACGUUUAGGCUGGCCAAAUCUAUUGGUUGGUAUAAGAGGUGGACCAUGGCAAGCAGUAAAACAACCAGUGUAUUAUACAAAAAAGACUAUUUGCUUUGAUACAACAAUUUUAGGAAGAUUUGUUCUUAUCGGAGCUCGAGAUUCAGAACGUACAGCAAGCAGUAAACUAGCCCACUUAAUGACACGUAUUGAGUCGUUAGCUUGUGCUCCACCUGGUGCAUUACUUGUUUGUUUACAAUUAGCUCCAAAUAAUUGGCGAAUCAUGGCCAAUGUCUUUCCUGAAGAACAACUGGGUCAAGCAAUUCAACGACAAAUUGAGGCAGGUUUCAUUCCAUUGGUUCAAUUUGGCCCAGGAGUAGUAAGAAAAGCUCUUGAAGGCACCGAAGAAAGACGUUAUCGUGUAACUGGACAUGAUAUUAAUCAUGUAUUAAUGUUCAACGGUUUGUGCUUAGAAUUACGAUUUCAAGGGGAUAUACAAAUCAAAUCAGUUAGCCAAUUCGAAACUUAUACAAAUUGUAUACGUACUAAAGACAAAGUACCGAAUCCGCCUCCGCUUGGACUAGCAACAAGUGAUAGAGCUCAGCGUUAUUCCUUUUCAGAAAAUAAUUUGGAUUUUCAAUUCAAUUUACAACCAAGAUCUAGUUUGUUUACAUUUGAUAAGAAAGAAGAUAAAAUAGCACAAACAACACUUUUAAGUAAACAUGCUAGAGUCCAGUUGCAUGAAUUACUAUCAGAUACAUCGUGUAUCGUUGAAAUUGAGCCUGUUUCGUCUAUAGAAGAAAAGUAUUCUGAACGCAGUGCUAUAAAAACACAGUAUUUGUCAGACUUAUUAAAAAAGCCUACUCCUCAGGUACAUGGAGAAAAUGAUGAAGACGAAUCUGAAUCUGAUAUUGAUGACGACGAAUAUGAUGAAGACAUUACUUCAAGUAGACGAUUUUCAAAUUAUACAGAAAGAGGUGCUACAUCUGAUGAUGGAAAAGAGCCAGAGGAAUCACUUGCUGAUGGAAAAUCGAAAGAUCAAUCUUGCUCUCCUACACAUCUUAAUGAGGAUUUAUUUAGCCGUUUUGAGAGUAUGAUAGAGAAUGGCAAGAUAAUUAGAUCUAAUGAAUUCAUUACCAAGAUACAUGAAUUAUAUCAUGUAGGAACCAUCGAGGUUUGGUUAAUCCAACCGGAUGGUAUGUCACAAGUUGAAUCAAAAGAAGACGAUGAAGAUAAAGACACAGAAGAUGUAAACUUAGAAAUUCUAAAUCUUAAAAUGCCUAAUCACGCAUCAAAUUUAAAAUAUGGAGGUUACGGAGAAAAUAAUACAUUUCAAAUCACCGGAUAUCCCACUCCACCUACAUCACCUAAUACUCCAGUAACACCUAGAUUAUCUCAAAUACAUGAAGUGAGAAGUAAUCUUGAUGCCAGUUUACCGGAGAAUCAAGAAUCACAUAAUAUAAUUCGUUUGAAUACUGUUGCUGGUAUGGAAACUGCUAGAGGUAAACCUCCAACUGGUGUUAUAAUGGCUGAUUUCCCAUCAAAACCUGGAGCACCACUAGCCACCUAUAACGUGAUGAUUGAUCCUGAUAUAUUUAGUACCUACGUGAAAGCUUUAACAUCUAAACCUAAAAGAUUAAUGACCACUGAAAGUGGAGGUGAACGUUUUAACAAAAUGAGUAGAAGUAGUUCUUACAUAACUCGAAGAAAAUCUGGUAAAGGUUUUCGUUCUGAUGAUCCAAGUCCGCCAAAAAGACCUACUUAA